AAAAAAAAAAAAUGAAUAGUAAAACAUUAAAUGACACUGACAGUGAUGUGUCUGAGCUCGAUCCAAAAGAAUUAAGUCAAACCACUACUUAUGAUAAAUAUGCAUGCCAACUUGGCUAUAUUGAAGAUCCGGAAACGCCAUUGACAGCCGAUACUUUUCCUAGUAAAACAGGUGGAAAACCUGCAUGGUUAAAUCCUGAAUAUAUUCUGUCAGCAGAACAUGUCACUUGUGGAAACUGUGAACAACCUAUGCCUCUAUUAUUACAAAUGUAUACACCUGAAGAUCAUCCUGAUGAUGCUUUUCAUAGAACUGUUUAUGUAUUUUGCUGUAAAAAGGGUAGUUGUGUAAAACAAGAUUGGACUAAAAGUUUUCGAGUUUUUAGAUCUCAAUUACCACGUGAUAAUCCUUAUUAUCCACAACCUGUAGAAUCAGAUAAUGAAGAUGAUGAUAUACACCAUUUUACACCUAAAACUUUCAAAGCACCUACAGAAUGCGUGAUUUGUGGUAUUGGCGGAUCCAAAUUUUGUGGCAAGUGCGGGAAAGCAGCCUACUGUUCUCGUGAACAUCAAAUGCAGGAUUGGAAUAUGUGUCGACAUAAGGAAUUUUGCAACAAACCAACACUAACAAAAGAAGAGCAAGCUACUGUGGAUCAAUUACGUGCUGCACGUAUUUUUAUAGAAAAGGAGAUUGUGAGUGAACCAGAAGGUAAAGAUAAGGAUGAAGAGGAAGAGGAAGAACAAGCGGCAUUCUUUAAGGAAAAUAAUCCUGAAGAGCGAUCCGAUUCAAAGGCCCUUGUCCUUGCUGGUGACGAGGCAGAGGAAGAGACAGAGGUACCGGUAGAUGAUGUCUUUUUAAGCUUUCAAUUAAAAAUUCAGCAAAACCCUGAUCAAGUCAUCCGAUAUGAUCGUGUUGAAUAUGAUAUGCCUCCACGCGAACCAUUAUGGGUACAAGAGAACUAUAAACCAGAAUCGAUACCGAACUGUGAACGUUGCAAGGGCCCUCGUACCUUUGAAUUUCAAAUUCUAUCGACUUUAUUGAAUUACAUUGGAGUGAAUCAUGUUGCUGUAGACUCCUUGGAUUGGGGAUCAUUAUUUAUUUAUAGUUGUAAAGAGAAUUGUACUCUUGGAAAUGGUGUCUAUGCUGAGGAAGUGCUCUGGAAGCAAGACUUUUCCCAAGAUGGUAUGCAAGUUGGACCAAAAGAUGCAAAAUUAUUACGUCGAAAAUUGAAUAAAUAAUACUCUUACACGUCUCUACUUGUGUAGUAAGAACUAUAGUACAUAUUUAAAUAAUAAUUAUAUAUUGGAGAUACUACAAGUAAAACAAAGAAAAGAAUAAUAAUAAUAAUAAUGGAUGUAUGUAUCCAUUCAUUGAAAUUUAAUAUUUUACACAAUUUUGAGAUAUUAUGAAUGGUUUACAAACACG